AAUAAUUUUGAACACAAAUUAACAAAGUAACUAAAUUUUAAUUCAUGUCUUCAAUGGAGUACUCAGAAGAGGAGUUGUUCGAAUUUAGGCGGGGCUUUGCCAUUUUAGUCAAGGACGAGAGCAGAAGUGUCACCAUUAGGGAUUUGGAUACGGUGGUCACUGCUCUGGGAAAAUCUGCUACCGAGAAGGAGCUGCAGUCGAUGAUUAACGAGAUGGACUUGGAUGGCAACGGAUUCAUUGACUUUGAUAACUUCCUGCAGUCGAUGACGAUGCGCAUGACAUUUGAUCCCGACGAGGAUGAUAUUCGUGAGGCAUUCCGCGUCUUUGACAGAGAUAACACCGGCUUUAUAGGUCCUGAACAGCUACGGCGCGUUAUGCUGGAUCUGGAUAUCCUAAUGCAGGAUGACGAGUGCGAGGAAAUGAUUCGCGUGCAUGAUGUCGAUGCCGACGGCAAGAUCAGCUACGAGGAGUUUGUACAAAUGAUGACCUCCAAGUAGAGCCCAACAGCCACAAAUCAGCGAUCAUAAGCCCCCUAUUAAAUUUUUACUAAUCGGACAAAAUACCUUU